AUUUAUGUGACAGAGGCCGCGGGGGGAUAAAUAGCCAUGAUUGUCUUAAGUCGCACUAUUUUUUCAUUGCUUAUCGCGGACUUCCGCAGCGGUAUUCCGUUUGCACAGAAUAGAUAUGGAAAACCUUUUCAAUUGCCCUGGCUACCUUAUACCAAUUUACCUCUUCAUUUUAAAUUAUGUCUAUCUAGAUCAAACGCCUAUAUAUGACCUGUGUAUGCCGAAAGAACAGGAAAUAUUGUACAAGGGUAUAAAAAUGCAAGUCAUCACUGUAUUUCAUCAACUGUACUCAUGCUUUGGCUGGGUGAUCCUCUCCUGUUGUUCGCGAUGUGCCCGACUGCUCAGCGGGGAUCCGAACCAGUGUCGAGGGCAGCGGGGGCGUGUUUUGUUCGUCUUUCUCGGUUUCCUUCGCAUCGUGAUCGCGUUCACUUGCAGCUGCUACCUUGGCUAAAUAUCCACAAUUGGCCUCUGCAUAUUCUGUAUCAAUGUAUGUUUGAGUGGACUCACUGGAUGCCAUGCUGAUUGCACUAAGGACAUUGCCCCAAUUUGCCAUAACGCAUGCGACAGCUAAUCGACAUCAGAUGGUUAGCGCUUUUGCAUGUGCCAAAAAGCUUUCAGCAUUCAAGAGGCGAAUUGGUUUGAAAACCAUGUAUGCGUGGAACCAACCUUCAGUCCCGUCCUUCAGGGUACUCAACUUCUCCUCCAAUGCCUCCAUUUGCGAGGCCAACGCGCCGCUCACAUCGCGGAGUUGUCUAAGGUUUUCAAGUUCGAGUCUUUUGGACGCUAUUCGGGCUGCGAGAGGCGACGAUUGCUGGGAGGAAAGAGGGUGUAUGGAAGACUGUCGAAGAGAGGAGGAAGUCCCCGUGGAGGAGAACACUGCUGUUGGCCUGGACAUCGUCUAUAGCAUGCAUGCUAUUUAGAAACAAUGUCACCAGACCGGUGUGCUGCAACUAGAUAAUAAAAUCAAUGGAAUGACGUUUGGAAGAACGACGCGAUAAAGGAUAAGCGAUAUCAGCACGUGACCAUAUGCCAGGCACGUGUUUUAGCUUCAACGCUCGUCGGAGCAACCAAGCUAACCGCUUCCGGUCAAAUGUCAACAAAGCGGGCUCCUUGUUGUUUUGUGCCAUCGCAACAACCGUCGGAAAUCUAUCCAACAUUUUUCCAACGACCUCUAGCUACAUAGAAGUCGAAACCAACGACAGGACUCUGGGAGAAGAACUUCACAAAGCUUAUUAUUAUCUGUUUAACUAACAAGACCUUAUAAUUAAUGUCCCAACCAUCUUCCUGUUCCACCCCUGUCAUACCAGUUUUGACUCGACGAUUGACCCUUUGUAGCUUGCCGCUAUGGCGAGGUUGAAUGAUAUCCCCGUUGCUGCGGAAUCAGUCGAAUCUUUAAAACGUCGGUUCAUACGGCAAAAUCGCGAAAUUGCGCGUGCGAACUCUAUGCAAUCUCUCCGUAUACGCACUCUAGAAUCCGAAGUCUCUCGCCUUCUUACGGAAAAUGCUUCCCUUCGUGAGGAGGUCAUCGCUACAAAUCAAGAACUUGAAAAGUUCAAGCAUGAUGGACAAUUGGGUUGUGAAAUCGAUAACCUAAAAUCGAAACUGGAUGCAAAGCUGGCUGAAUUUGGAAGCUUGAUUGCAGACUUGGGCUCAUUACCUCAGAGAAGAGGUCUGGCUGGGAAGUCACGGCAAAGAUCCAUUGGUGGAGAAUUCCAAAUUUCUCCGGAAGCGGCUCGUCGGAGAUCUCUAAUGAAGGCUGCUCGACAGGUGACGGAUGAGGGUCGGCUUCCCGCUAUUGUGGAAGACAAAUUUUACCCCAGAUUAACGCUAGAAAAUGAGGAUUUUGCCGAUCUAGCAGGCAGUGAGGGAGGAGAAAACGAUUCGCCUGAGAUAAUUUCCACGCCAGUUCUAACAAUCCCGAACACGGUGGACUCCUCCGCAGAUGAAGAGCCUGCAAUGAUUUUUGGAGCCAACGAAAAUAUAAUUCAGCCCUCACCGUCCAUUUCGAACUUGGGGGCAAGGAGAAGGAAGAGGGAUAGUUCGUUGCUAAAUCGUACGCCCCGGAGCAAAGCAAUGGAAAGCAAGGAGCAAGAAUUUGUGCCGAUACAUAUUUCAAAAUCUGGAUCCAAACGCAAGCUUAGUGUACGGGAUGACGACGAAGACUUGAUGUCACAAGACUUAAAUGACCAUGACGAUUUCCAAUACACUCGAUUAGCCGGGUUAUCUACCUAUACCUCAAGAAAUCCCGACGUAGAGCCUGAAGGGACACCAACAAAAGUCAACGCGGACAAGGCAGAAAGCCAGCGAGUGGAAAGAACUACUGUUCGGCCUGCCCUAGGGCCUAAAAGUACAAAUAUCAAGCAAAGAUCCUCCUCGCCUACCAAAAAGAAUCCAGGCGCUGGGGGUUGGGAAAAGGAGAUCCCAAAGCCUAACCCUAAACCACCAAAGAAUAGAAGCCACAAUGCCAUUGACAAAUCAAUGCGAACAGUUCACGUUCCUACUACUGAGCAAACGAAACAGGGCGUUGUGGAUAUUGAUCUAGCGCAGGAACGGGGCCCUGUCGAGGAAAACAGGGACACUGAACAGGCUUCAACAUACACUUUGGAAACUCUUCGAGAAGCCAGAGAUACGCCACCCUUACCCACGGCUGGGACGACCCGUCCACCCCGCAGAUCCCGAGGUUCUAUAAGCUACGCGGAGCCAAAUCUUAGGGAUAAAAUGCGGCGACCUACCAAGGAACUUGUAGAUGCUGUUAGCGGUGAUGUUCGCUUCAGACGAUCCUCGAAGUCUCAUCUCGACAUGGCCAAGGCAAGGUGCAGUGAAGAAAGCAGCCAUAAUUUCGACGUAUCUUCAAUGGCCUAUAAUGACUCAUGCGCGACUUCUCUAGAAGGGAAAGAUCAAAAUUUGAUGACGGAGUUGCCCUCUAAUGUCACGGCCGACAGGAAACGCCGGACACUCUCCAUAACUAAAUUCGAUUUUGUAACUGUUCCAGCAACGGGCCAGUCGACGUCAAGUGUGGCUAUAUCAACUCUUAUGGCAGGAAGUAAAAGGCGAAGUCAUCGAGAAAGAGACACUGCUGAAAGCUCCGUCGACUAUGAACAAGGUGUUGGUGCUGGUAAUGGUUCCACUCGUUCUUCUCGAAGACACUCCUCCAAUCCGACUACAGGUGGAACAAACUCAAGGUCACGUAGAAGCAAAAGUUCUGCUCUCCUUGCAAAGGAAAACGCCGUGAAUGUCCAGGCUGUCUUGGAAUCGGCAAGGCUCAAUGUGAAUAGCAAACUGGGUAACGAUUACCACCAGCAUGCUUCUUCCUCUUCGAUCUCUUCGUCCAAUCCAAGAGCCACAAAGGUCGUUUCGGAAUUCGACUAUGACGCUUUUCUUGAAGCGCAGGAAGACGCGUCUGAGGUUAGGAGGGUGCAGCGACUGGCCACAUCGAGGCGGCGGAGUAUGAUGUUGUGAAGCGUACUGUUACAUGACGAUUAUAUAGGAUUCCUUUUUGAUUUCUUCUCUAUUUGGGGAAGGGGAAGGCAGUUCGGGGACGGGCCUUUUUCUGUUGGUUUUUGUUCCUAUAGAGUUUAUAAUACCCAUUACAGCCAGCCUUGUACUGUUCAUUUUGUUAAUUGAAUCUUUUUAAGUAUUUCUCCCCCUUUUCCUUCGCCUUUUUCAUGAGCACCUCUCCCUUGAAAGUUGGAAGGGGAGGUCAAGGCAAAAAUGGAAAAGUAGGUGAAUCCCGAUAAGAAAUUGUUUGUCGGGAACGAGCACGCAAGAACCAUCCAACGUGUCAUUAUGCCAGAGGAAAAAGAAAGAGAAUCAUUGACGAGUUCUGCCUUUCAUCAGACUGGCAUAGAUAUUGGUAUUUUCAACAGACUCUAUGUAUUACCUAUGUGCUGUGUCAUGCGCUUGCGCCUUGGUAACACCAAGGAAGGUCUUUUUCUAUGAACAAAAACCUCAAAGACGAAUGGAAAGGGCGGGGAGACGAGGAGAUAUUUGCUCCCAGUCAAAAUCGCAAAAACGCCAUUUUCCCAAUGCUUGUUGCUUGUAUGCCUGCAUGUGCGCGUGAUCGCCCGCCCAAAAUAUCCUCAACGCAUAUCGUAAUUCAUUCCGGAAAAAGAAUAAAGAGAUGUGAAAGCCCAGACGGAUCCACUGGUCAAUCGUGGUGGGGCGGAUAAGAAGAAUAUGUGACUGGUCGGUGGAUAGGAGGCUAUUUAUUAAUCUAUCUUCUUAGAAGCUACUCUUCGGCAUGCGCUCAUACGCAUUUGGUCGUGGGCGACGACGCUGACGAUGUAUCCGUAUCCGCCUGCGCUUGCUCGCAUCACCACUACCGCUAUCGCAACAGCUGUCGCUGCCGCUUCCUCCAUCGCCGUCGUCACCUCCUUUCUGUUCUGCAGGCCCGUCGUGCUGAGAGUUGCUGUGAUUAUGGCACUUGUACCGGUGACGAUGCAUGCGGUUAGCAGGAACACGGCCGUUGGCCAUUCUGGCUUCGCCGGUGUCGACGUCGCUGUCACUGUCGCUGGAGUCUGAAGAGGAGUCUGACGAGGAUUCGGAGCUGCUUUCGCCUACGGGGCGGGCUUUGUGGAAGAUGCAGCAGACUUGAUAGAGAAGUUAGCGACUUGUUUGGCUGGGUUCAACAACAAGGGGAGGGAAGCUAGGGAUUGAAACGAUGGGCGUGUGGGUUAUGCAGGGAAAUUCAUUUGUAGAGAGGCAAAGAACUAGAGUGGAUAGAAGAUAUGCGGUUGGAAAAUAGCUCGAAGAAUAGAAAAUCCGUCCGUUCUUAAGGGCUUGUUUUCCUCUUGUAAAAAAAAAAAAGAAAGAAAGAAAAUGGCGCCGUUUGCAACACGGGGAAAGCGAACAAUUGUGAUUUUAUUUUACAUACCCUUUGAACUCUUCCUCCCCAGCUCCUCAUUGUCAACCACAUCCUCCGCCCAGCGUAUACCCCUCCUACUAGCCUGACCCGUCCCCGUCUCCGAUUCUGUUUCCACCUCCGUGUUCGCCUCAGCCCUUAACCUCAGCCGACCUGUUAUCCGACCCUGUUGGUGUCGGACUGUCGUCUCCACCUGCGCCAUUGUGCCGGGGCUAUUGGUUCCUCCAGUCUGGAGUCUUUGUGUCAUUGCGCCUCUGUCCCUGGACAUUGUGUGGCCCCCGAUUUCUUCAGUGACUCCUUUGCGAUUUGCCUCCUACUUGAGAGGGGCGAACAAGUGUUAGAUUGGUGAUUGGAGAAGGUUGGGAGAGCGGGCGCGUGAAUCGGGAUGCGAAGGGGUUUAGUUAUGGCACGCUAUGCUUUGGAGAUGGGGUAUUAUCUCGUAAUAUGUCAACAAGUUGGUGACGCCCAAUGACAUAAGGAAAGCAAGCGCGGUUCGGUUCUUGUUGGCCGGAUGCCCUAAAUG